UGUCAAUAUUCCUUACAGCCUCGAGUGCUGUCAGAAUUGUCAUCCAAGUUCUACACCCUCGUCCCUCAUGCCUUGGCCGCUCCGUCCCACCAGUCAUGUACAAAGACAGUAUGGUGCAGAGCAAGAAGGAAGACAUGUUUACUCUCAGUGACAUUGAGCUGACACAGAGCCUUCAGAAGGAUAUGGCCAACAAGGGCAUUCAUCCCUUAAUGGAGAAAUAUGAGAUGCUGGACUGUGUUCUUGAAUUAGUUAACAAGAAGGAACCAGAAUUCAAGAUCAUUCAAGAAUACAUAAGCUGCCCCGACUCCAGACAAGGACCGUUGUUGGAUUUGUGGCGAGUUGACGUGGGAAAGUGUCAGAUGCCUAAAAGAAGUGACAAAUUAUAG